AGAAAAUGCUUGCAGGGAUCUAUUUACAGCUUAUUGCUUAUUAAAACUGCAACUAUUUAAAAACACAACGAAGUAAAGUUUCUUACUCAGAUAUUUAAUAUGAAUAAACCAAGCCAAUAUCUGCGCUUGGCGUUGCUUCAAUUGAAGCGCUUUAGAAAUCGAGAGGAGAAUUUGGAGGUUGUAACCAGGAAAAUUGAGGCGGUCAUGGAGGAUCAAAAACCUCGAUUGAUUUGCCUAUCAGAGAACUUCACCAGAAGUUCUGGCUUCCACAGAGACCCGGAAAACGUCAGGGAUGGAUACUGCUUCCAACGGCUCCCCGAGCUGGCCAGGAAGCAUGAGGUGUACAUCGUGGGCGGGACGAUACCAGAGAAGGGCCAGAACGAUGAGGUUUACGGUGCGUGCACGGUGUGGGAUCCUAAGGGUCGACUGGUGGCCAAGUAUCGUAAGGUGCAUCUGGCCGACUUAUACGUAAAGGCCGGGUUCACCUACUUGGAGUCCGCUCGGUUUACAGCGGGCAACGAGUUCAGCAUAUUCGAGGUGGACGGCCACAAAAUCGGACUUGGGGUCUGCCAUGACCUCCGGUUCGAGGAAAUGGCCCGUGGAUACCGCAAUGCGGGAUGCGAGAUGCUCAUCUAUCCGAGCGAUUUUGCCGAUUACACGGGCUUCAAAUACAUGGAACUCCUGCAGCGCUCACGCGCCAAUGACAACCAGCUCUACGUGGUGACCUGCGCACCAGCUUUUGAUCCUACCGCAAAACACUUUAGUUUUGGCCAUUCCAUGGUGGUCGAUCCCUGGGCCAGGGUUCAGGUGUGUGCCGGAGAGGAUGAAACGACUGUGGUGACGGACAUCGACUUUUCCCUGGUGAAGAAAGUGCGAGAGGAGCUCCCAAUCUUCGGACAACGUCGACUCGAUCUGUAUCCUAAAGCAAAAGAAAUGUCGUAAUCAAGUAGCUCGGCUAUUAUUGCGACUAUCCUUCCGUGGGUAAUUUCUUGGAAAUGCUAAGCAAUUCAAAAUACAA